GGCUGCCCGAGUUGGGCCGAGGCUGCCCGAAGCCACCGCCCGAGCAGCGACCGAAGAGGCCGUAUGACGCCCGCCGAGCCGAGCCGAAGUCGCCCGCCGAGCAGGGACGAUGUCCCGAGUGUAGUACCGAGAAGCUCCGAAGUUUCCCGAAGUGACGAGUCGAGUCAGUACGAAUGGUUCCGAAGCUUCACGAAAGCUUACGAGCGUUUCUUCCUCGCUGCCUAGGCGGCUCGUCUGAUUGUGGUCACCGGCCGAUAGGGCUGGUCGGCUCUGGGUAGUAUCUCGGCGAAGUCUGACUUCGCCGACCGACCCUGGAGCCACUCGAUUUUUCCAACCCCCUCUGGAGGCGGCGGAAGCCGAGCUCACACGAGGUCUAGCCGAACUUCGCCGAAUGUCUCCGAGCAGAGUUCUCCGGAGCCUCAGUGCCCGCCUCCUUCUGUCCGAAAGCUUCCGAGUGUUGCCGGACGGGAGAAUCGGGCCUCGGCAGCGGUCGGACGCCCGCAGCACCACGGGGCGGGAGGAGCGAAGAUGGCGGGAGGGUGCGGCCAAGAGGCUGCUGGGAUUGUGGCGGACCCAGCGGCAAAAUGGCGGCCAUGCGGCCAGGGAGAGGCUCCUUCAAGGUGCUCUCGUCAGUUCCUCUUCAGAUGCUGUUUCACCUCAGCGGGCUGUACUCUGCCCUGUACUUCCUAGCUACAUUCCUGAUGAUUACAUAUAAAAGUCAGGUUUUCAGUUAUCCUUUUAACUGUCUGGUCCUGGAUCUGGUUCUCUUGCUUCUGAUGGGGAUUCUCGAAGUAGCUCGGCUAUAUCUAGGCACAAAAGGCAACCUGACAGAGGCUGAAGUGCCACUGGCUGCCAGCCUGGCAUUCACAGCAGCCAGUGUCCUCCUUUCUGUUUAUUUCCUGCUCUGGCAGACCUUGGUACUGUGGAUGGACUCGGUCCUCAGCACCAUUCUCCUGGUGCUAUAUGGCCUGGAGGCUGGCUUGCAGGUGGUGGUCAUUGCUGACUUCAUCAGGUAGACGGACCAGGAUAACCUACACAGCAGUGCUCCUCAGCCUCCAGCCAACUCCUUUGCGCUCAGACACAAUGGGUAUCUUUUUUUUUUUUUUUUGAUUGUUUAUAAAUGGAUUUAGGUGGUUUAUAAACCUUUUUAGUGAGCAGGAGUACAGGAACCAGGGAGGGGCAAACUGUUAGGAGUUUAGGUGUUGAAGAUGGUUAUCAUGGACAGUAGUCAACCCCAGAGAUGUCCGCUCCUGUUGUACGGUCGGGGUCCUGGCUGUAGCAGCAGG